AUGUCAAAUAAUGCUAAACAUUUGAACAGUUUUGAUCCUCACUCCAGUAGUGCAGAAAUUGCAAAAAAACUACAGGUACCGGUGGCAGAAGAAGAAGAGGAGGAAAAACAAAAGACAGAAGAUAAAGACAACAAUAAUGAACAGACUUUAGAGGAAGAAGAUGGUGAUGAGAAUGAUGCCUAUUCACAUGAAGGAAGUGAUGAUGCCACUGACAACAGCUUAAAAUAUAUUUUAAAUAACAACGAAGAUGAACUUAGAAGUGUUAUAUCAUCAGAUGAAGCGGUUCCUGCCUAUUUGAAACAAUUUGAAUUAUUUCAAAUGAAGGCUUUUAAAAAGGCAAAAACAGUUGGUCUCUUUGUUAAUGCAGAUUUGUAUCAAAUUUUGUAA